GACAAAAGCCCAGAGUGGCAGGGCUGGAUGCUCCCGAUCCAGCAAGAUGGGCACUUGUUGCACGUCUCCUACUACGCCGCCGAUGUGGCCGCCUUCGCCGAGUCCUUCAUGCUGAAGACGGGUAUGAAGAAGAUGGGACAGAGGCAGCUGCCAGGCAACGUGGCCGGGGACAAGUGGCAAAGUGUUGAAGCCAGGGCCGCCUUAGCCAGAACAUUGCACUGGUCGAGGGUGGCAGUCCGGCAGAGGUUCACGAAGGAUUACGUGGAGACCUUGGGCAAAUGCAAUGCGAAUGGACAAGCUGAAGAUCGUCACUUCGUUGGAUGGCGGCUGCGCGCGGUGGUGGAGCGCCUUGCCCCAGGUAAGUGGCUUGGAACUACGCAGCCCCAACUGGAGAACAAGCUGGCAGCUUUCGUGGCACGAAG